AUGGCCCAGCGAAUGCGAGCUGUACAGUACACCUCUGUCCAGGGUGGCCUCGAGAAGAACCUCACCUAUACCGAACAAGCCUUGGCCCCGCAACACGAUGAGCAGAUGCAGCGCGGCGAUCACAUCAUGGUCGAAGUGAUUUCUGCUUCCAUCAACCCACUGGAUUGGAAGAUGCCCGAGACUCCUGUCAUUGGAAAGGCCCUGACCUAUUCUUUCACGUCUUCCGCCACGAUACCCGGUAUGGACUACUGUGGAAGAAUAAAGUCAACCGGCUCUACCAUCGACAGCUUGAGCAUUGGCGAACUUGUAUAUGGACGACUCACCAGGCCCACAUCCUCGGGCACACUCGCUCAAUACGUCAAUAUCGACCCCGGCACCUGUAUACCCCUUCCAGAGGGAGUCAACCCAGAUGACGCUGCCACGAUCGGUCUAGCUGGUGAAACAGCUUAUCGUAGUAUCGUUCCAAAUGUGCAGGCUGGUGACAGAGUUUUCAUCAAUGGGGGCAGUUCAGGCACAGGUACUUUUGGAAUCCAGAUCGCAAAGCUUCUCGGCUGUCACGUCACCGUAUCCUGCUCAACAUCCGCCAUCGAACUCUGCAAGGAGCUGGGUGCAGACGAAGUCUUCGACUACACAAAAACAGACUUGAUUGCCGAACUGAUCGAGAGUGGAAAGACCGAACCGUUUGACCUGCUAGUAGACGACGUCGGUACACCUGCGGAUCUCUACAACGAAUCACAUCUGUAUCUCAAUCCCCAAGGCAAAUUCAUCUCGAUCGGCAGCAAGAACGACAUCUCCUCACUCGCGGCACGUACGCUCCCGACCUUCUUGGGCGGUGGCAGACGCAAGUCGGUGCAAGUUCACGCUUUGCUCGGAACAAAUCGCGAUGAUCUGGUGCAGCUUGGAAGAUGGAUGGCUCAAGGCAAGAUCAAGGCCGUCAUCGACUCGACCUAUCCUUUGCAGGAUGCCGCAGAAGCGUAUGCAAAGUUGAGAGGUGGUCAUACCCAUGGAAAGAUUGUAAUUCGGGUGGGUGCGAAGCACUGA